AAAUUAUAAGGUUGUCUAUUACCGGGUUUUGUACGGUUAAAAUUUUAAAUAUUUGUAUUUAUAAAUAACAAAAGUUCCCAUCCGUGUUUUUAUACUGCAGAGUUGAUUUUCCAAAAAUUAAUUUAAUGAAAAUGUAAAUAUUUGAUUUGAAUUUUUGGUUAUAUUUAUAUACAUAUAAAUAUUGUGAUCGUGCAUUCUUCUGAUUUAUUUUGUAAGUAGUGAUAAAAAUAUAUAGUUUUUAUAUUAGUUUAUAUAUUGGGGUUAUUAUAUUAAUUUCCAGGCUUUCAAGCCCAUAUAUUAAACAAAGUACUAAGCCUAAUUAUGUUUGUUAAGUUUGAUCUGCUUCACAGAGUCUGUUAGGGUUUAGCUCUCCUUCAUUACCUAUACAAUCUUUCUCUUUUCAAUCUCUAGUCUAGUUUCAGAGCUUUUUUUCGGGGUGAGAAAUGUCAGCUGUAAAACUAGGAACAGAAGAUGUUACGUUCUCGGAUAUGAUCAGUAAUUUACCAGACGAUUUGCUCAUUCGAAUUCUCUCAUUACUCCCAAUAAGCGAGGCAAUGAAUACAAGCUUACUCUCUAAACGAUGGGAAUCUCUGUGGAAGAUGAUGCCUGUACUUAAAUACGUUGAAAAAUCUUGUCCGACCAUGACUUCCCAAGGAUUUGUCGAGUUUUGCCGCAGGUCGUUGCAACUACAUGAAGCUCCUGUUCUCAAAACCCUAACUAUCAAACUACAGUUACAAUCUGUUCCACUUAUACUCAGUAGUUUGCCUGAAACAGUCUUCCAAAAACUGGUGGUCCUGAAACUCCACAUGAUCCGGUAUCUUGUAUUUGAUGAUUCACCACCACGAAGAUACUUUUCAGAUGGUAAACCAUCGGUUUGUUUCCGGUCCCUGAAAGGAUUGCACCUCAGAAGUGUGAGUUUCUGUGACGAACAAUAUUUCUGCAGGCUAAUAUCGGCCUGUCCUCUUCUUGAAGAUGUCUUCUUCGAUACAGUUAGAACUUGCGCACCCAAAACUAUUUUUCUGCCUCCUCCUCAAAAGAUACUCGAGAUAAGCACUCCCUGUUUGAAGUACUUAAAGAUCAAAAACAUCACUGGUCGUCUCAUAUUUACAAAGGAUAUGCCUAAUUUGGUGGCGGCUACCCUUGAAGUUGAUCCUUCUCAAACUAGUGAUUUUCUCAGAAUUCUUACUUCGGUCGAGUUUCUUUCGAUACAUUUAUAUGCUAAUGAGGUAAUCCUGGUCUUGUUUUAUUUGAAAAAACUAUUACUCUUUUCAUUAUUUUUCGUAACUCUUGUAAUGUUUCUGACGUGCAGGUUCUGCUUCUUGCCGAUAAAAUUUCUCAGCGGCUUCUUCGUCUAGAACUAUGUAUUUACGGCAAAAUUUCGCGUAAUCUGUUAUUGCAUUUGCUCAAACAU